AUGAAUAAUAACGAGAAUAACAAUAAUAAUAAUAAUAAUCCAUCGUCACAAGGAAGCAGCCUCAUGCGGUAUGGCUCCGCCCCGACCUCACUCCUCGACGCCGCACUAGUCGACCUCGACUCCUUCGUCGCCCGGCCUCUGCAACGCCACAACGCCUACACUACUUCCUCAUCUUCUUCUUCUUCUCCGUUAAUCCGCCACAGCAGUUCGCCGGCCGGAUUUCUCAACGAUUACUUGCCGCCGUCCGACGCCGAAGCAGGAUUUUCGAUAACAAGAGGGAUAGGAAACAACUACAAUUCCAAGGGGAUUGCUGAAGAAGACAAGCCGGGAGUGUCGAGGAUGAACUCUCGACUCAACUUCUCGCACUCAAAAGAAUCUCUUUCUCGAAUAUCUGAAGAAAUUGAGAACAAUGCAGAUAGCGACACACACGAUAACAACAACAAAGCAAGAUCUUCACGUUCUAACAACACGAGCACUUGCUUUACGAUGGGGCUAUGGGAUAAUGACAACCACCCUCUUACCUUUUCUGUUUCUCCAACCAAACAACCUAAACACCCCAAUACUAUGGAUAAUAUGGAGUCUCAGCAGUUUCAGUUUGGGAUGUCACAAGGAGCAUUGGAGUUUACUCCAAUGGAUAAGUUCAUGAACAUUCCUCAAGAUUCUGUCCCGUGCAAAAUUCGAGCAAAGCGCGGUUGUGCUACACAUCCGCGUAGCAUUGCCGAGAGGGAAAGAAGAACACGAAUCAGUGGAAAGUUGAAGAAGCUGCAGGAUCUUGUUCCCAAUAUGGAUAAGCAAACUAGCUAUGCCGACAUGCUGGAUUUGGCCGUCCAACACAUAAAAAGCCUUCAAAAUCAGGUUCAGCAACUCAACGACGAGCUGGAUGGUUGCACGUGUGGAUGCAAGAAGACUACACCUUUCUAG